GGCUAUCCGAGAUUCGACUCCGAUAUUGAAACUCUUCUUAAAUCAAACCUCUAUUAGCUAUUAGCUAUUAGCUACCCAUUCAGCAAGGUAUCAAUUUCCUGUUUUCAACCCUACCUGCAGCAAAAAGCCAUCAUUCUUACGGCUACACAAAUAAUCUUAUAUCUGGUGUCAAUCCAUUGACGUAUCACAAUUCACCGACUGGUAAGAUUGACUUGAUUGCAAUCGUAUCUCCUUUUCCUACAAUAUUUCGUUACACGGUUGUGAUUGCUUUGUUCUUUUCUCUUCCCUCUUUCCUCUUUCCUCUUUUUGGAAGUGUUUACUCUUUUCUCGUCAUCUCUCAUCAAAAGGCCACUUGCAUCACUCAUUCCAACAAACGCGUACCUUGAUCUAUCAACAAUGUCCGUCCCCGGUAUUGCGCAGACUUCUCGUCGCCAUGAUACAGGAUAUCUGCCCAUUGAAAAUUAUGGUCUCAUUGGGAAUAUGCGAACUUGUGCGUUGGUAGGUAUCGAUGGAAGUAUUGAUUUUAUGUGCUGGCCAGACUUCGAUUCUCCUUCAAUUUUUGGUCGACUUCUGGAUAAAGACAAAGGUGGUCAUUUCUCCAUCUCACCUGCAAUGGGUGUUACUUUCAACACAAAACAACAAUAUCUUCCAUCCUCAAAUAUCCUACAAACGCGAUAUAUCCAUGAAGAAGGAGUAGUUGAUUUGAUUGACUUCUUUCCACGUCCACAUCAUAGUCAUGUUGCUAAGAAGAGUUCUAUGCCUUUCCGGGAGACUACAAAAGUUCAGGGCGAAUUAAAGAAAUGGCUGGUACGACGAGUCGAAUGUAUUCGAGGCAGCGUCGAUUUAGGUGAGAGAGAUCCAGAACACGGCGGUAAUCAUCAUAUCUCACAACUUUGUUUAGACGUGGAGAUAUUUCCAGCCUUCAACUAUGCCCGCGAUGAACAUGAUCUAGAAAUCCUUAUGCCGGAACAUCCUCCAGGAGCGCUUGAAAGUAAAACGGUCACCUUUUCCAGUAAAGAUUUGAAGCUUCAACUCGAUGUGACUAUUGAUCAUGGUGAGGAAAAUAUAGAAUCCUGCCCUUCCUUAAUAUUCCGCCGAGUAAGACAGAAGGAAAGUAAAGGUGACGGUGUCGUUGCAAAUAUACGAUUACAAGAAGGUCAAGCUAUUUCAUUCGUCCUGCGUGAUGAUAUUCCGGAUCAUAUUACCAGGGACGUCACUACCGAAGUUCUAGAUGCACAACAACAUGACACUCAAAGAUAUUGGUCAAAUUGGAUUGGCCAAAGUAAAUAUACAGGUCGUUGGAGAGAGGUUGUGGCCAGAAGUUUAAUGAUCUUGAAAUUAUUGACUUAUGAGCCUACUGGUGCGAUCAUCGCAGCACCAACGUUCUCUAUUCCUGAAGAUAUUGGUGGAGUUCGCAAUUGGGAUUAUCGAUACUCCUGGGUACGAGAUUCUAGUUUCACCAUUUAUAUUCUACUCAGAAUGGGAUUUGUGGAUGAGGCAGAUGCAUACAUGAAUUUUAUCAGUGAUCGAUUUAGAUUGUCAAGAGGUCCAGAUGGCGCUUUACCAAUCAUGUUCACAAUUAGGGGCGAGACUGACAUUCCGGAACUUGAGCUUAGCCAUCUCUCUGGUUAUAGAGAUAGUGGACCUGUUCGUAUCGGUAAUGGUGCAGCUUUCCAUCAACAGUUUGAUAUCUACGGUGAGCUUAUGGACGCUAUCUACCUUUGGAAUAAGUAUGGCAAGCCUGUCACUUGGGAUCAAUGGGUAGCAGUUCGAGAGAUUCUAGAUUAUGUUUUGAAAAUUUGGCAAGAUACCGAUAUGUCAAUUUGGGAAGUUCGAAGCAAGAAGCAAAAUUAUACAUAUUCCAAAGUCAUGCUUUGGGUAGCAUUUGACCGUGGGGUACGUCUUUCAGAGAAACGUUGUUUGCCAUGUCCGAACAAAACAGAAUGGUUAAGGGUUCGUGAUACUAUCUACGAAGAAAUCAUGCAGAAAGGUUACAACACUGAAAUGCAAAUGUUUGUUCAAAGUUAUGAAUCACGCACUAUGCUCGAUGCUUCUAUUCUCAUCGCACCACUCGUCUUCUUCAUCUCUCCCAAUGAUCCACGUUUUCUGCACACGAUUGAUAAAAUUCUUCUUUCUCCUGAAAAGGGAGGACUCACAGAAACUGGUCUCGUCUUCCGUUACAAUACCUCUACAUCGGAAGAUGGUGUAGGUGGUCGCGAGGGUGCAUUUUCUAUGUGUACUUUCUGGUUGGUAGAAGCACUUACCAGAGCUGGUGUUUAUGAUAGAAAGUACCUGGUAAAGGCAGUGAACAUAUUCGAAAAUAUGUUGAGUUUUGGUAAUCAUUUGAGUAUGUUUAGUGAGGAGAUUGCGAGGAGUGGUGAACAAUUGGGAAAUACACCACAGGCAUUCAGUCAUUUGGCAUUGAUUAGUGCAGCUUUCAAUUUAGAUCGGGCAACGAAAGGGAAGAAUUAGGAUGGUGAUGGAAUGGUAGAUGGUAUUUAGAUUGAUUCGGGAGAUUGACAGGUAGACUGUGACGACUUUUACGAUAGGGGUAAGAAUGGAAAAUUGGAGAUGGGGAACUAUGAAAAGAAAACUCAUAGUAUGCAUGUAUGAUAUUUCUAGACGAACCUAAUCUCGUUGCUGAGUAAAAACCUAACACCUUCGUUCUGUAAAUCAACAGUUCUAUGGCCA